UAACUACCUACUUGACGUCAUCAACCCGUCCUUGUGUUUACGUCGAUAUGAAUAUGGCGACUUCAGUAAAGCAGUAGGAAAGAAUGUUCUCCACAUUUGUCAACCGCAGCUUCAGUACAUACGCAACAGCCAUGGAAGACGACGAGAGACAGAAAAAGCUGGAGGCCGGUAAAGCUAAGCUGGCUGAAUACAGGCAGAGGAAGGCACAGGCAGAUGGGCAGAAAAAACAGAAAAAGAAAAAAAAGUCACCAGGCACUAGAGAAGGGGUGAAUGCACAAGAUGGGCCGGAUCAUGACCAAUCAGUGGGUGAGGAUCCAACCGAACAGAGCACAGGGAGGGGAGCCUCUGCGAAUUCUGCUGAAUUCACCAUAUCCAGGACGUUACGAAGUGGGGACACCAUCAAGCAGGAUCAGACCUAUACCAUAGAGCCUGAAAGUGAAGUUUCUACUACAGCAGAUGACUACACGUCUGAGGUAAAUGGGUGCUCUGCUGUUUUGAAAAUCAAGCCAUCUUCUGAAGAUGUGAUCAGGGAGGAAGACGUGCACGUCUCUGAAACUCAUUCUGAGCACCAAGCACAGAGCUCUCAGACACGGCUUGAGAUGAUGGAGGAUGAGCUUGCAGGAAAACAACGGGCAAUUGAAGAGCUGAAUCGGGAGCUAGAGGUCAUGAGAAGUGCAAUUGGGACUGAAGGCUUGCAACAGCUCCAAGACUUCGAAGCUGCAGUCAAGCAAAGAGAUGGAAUCAUCACACAGCUCACAGCUAACCUGCAGCAGGCCCGGAAGGAAAAAGACGAGAUCAUGAGAGAGUUCUUGGAAUUGACAGAACAGAGUCAGAAACUGCAGAUUCAGUUUCAGCAGUUGCAAGCCGGUGAAACAUUAAGAAACACUAGUCACAGCAGCACUGCUGCUGACUUCCUACAAGCCAAGCAGCAGAUUCUGAAAUAUCAGCAACAGAUUGAGGAACAAAAGCUCCAGCUGAAGAGCUACCAGAGCAAGAGUGAAGAGUACCAGCUACAGAUAAAUCUUCUUCAGGAAAGAGCGAAGGAGUUUAAAACGGCCAAUGAAACGUUGAGAAACACUAGUCACAGCAGCAAUGCCGCAGACUUGCUACAAGCCAAACAGCAGAUUCUGAAAUAUCAGCAACAGAUUGAGGAACAAGAGCUUCAGCUGAAGAGCUACCAGAGCAAGAGUGAAGAGUACCAGCUACAGAUAAAUCUUCUUCAGGACAGAGCGAAGGAGUUUGAAACGUUUGCAAAUGAGCAAGAGGGAUCUGUUUCACAGAGGUUACAAGAGAAAGAGCAGUUAAUUAAACAGCAAGAGAACACAAUAACUGAACACAUGAACACUGAAACAGAGUUGAAGGAAAAGCUUUUGGCUUCUGAUAUGUUAUUAGAAGAUUUAAGCAAGGAGAGAAGUCAAGAUAUAGAAACUCUUAAAACUGAAUUAAACAACUCAAAACAGAGGGAAAGACAGUCAUCGAGUGAGAUAAAGCAGUUGAUGGGGACUGUGGAAGAACUGCAAAAACAUUUUCAUAAAGGAAACCUUUCAGAAAGCGAGAUCAUUCAAAAGAUGGAGGUGGACACGCAACAAAAAAUGGAUCAGCUCCGAGCAGAACUGGAUGAGAUGUAUGGUGAGCAGAUAGUGCAAAUGAAACAAGAACUUCGAAAGCAGCAUAUGACAGAAAUGGACAAACUAAUUGCUCAGCACAGAUCUGAACUAGAGCUGAGACAAGUGCACCACUCUGGCAGUGUAGCUAAUGAAGAUCAAGUAAACCUAAUGAAUAUGGCUAAAAAUGAACUUAAUGUUAAGCUCCAGGAGGCUCAGUUUCAGAAAGAUCAAGUAAAACAAGAGCUGUCUCGGCAACUUGCCAAAGUUACAGAAGAAAAAUCCAGCUUGCAAACCCAGGUGGAGGAUCUCUUGGAGGACCUCAGGUUUGCUAGGGAAAAAGCCCAGAGAGCUUCUCGGAGCAUAUCUGAACAGGAGCAGAAACUAGGCGAGGUAGGAAACCUGCAAGCCACUAUUAGCGAUCUUAAAGACCAACUGGUUGCAGCAGCAGAAUCCACCAAAGAAUUGGAGUUGAAGCAUGAAUCAGAAGUUACUAAUUAUAAGAUCAAACUGGAAAUGUUAGAGAGAGAGAAAGAUGCUGUGCUAGAUAGGAUGGCUGAAUCCCAAGAAGCUGAGUUGGAAAGGUUGAGGACACAGCUUUUGUUUAGCCAUGAAGAAGAGAUAAUUAAGUUGAAAGAAGACCUACAAAGAGGAAGCCAGAUAAAUAUUGAGAAUCUGAAAGAUGAUUUGGCCUUGAAGUACAAGCAGAAGCUAGAAGGAUUGCAGAAGAGCUUUAAUGAACAACUCGAGUCUGUAAAAAUUGAAAGGGAUAGUUUAGUCACUGAAAAAGAGGCACUGAUAGCAGAUAUCUCGAAGAUGAAAGAAGAUUUAAAUCAAUCACUGGAAAGCUCUAAAACUGAAGAAAUGACUCUUCAAAUAAAGGAACUUCAUACCGAGAUCAAAGCACUACAAAAAGUAGAGGAAGAAAAUGGUGCACUCGAAAACAAGAUUCAACAGUUGCUGGCAAAAAAUGAAUUGCUAGAGAAGCAGAUUAAAAAGAAAGAGGAUGACAUGGACAGAAAAAUAAAAGAACUGGAAGAUGAGAAUGGAAGGCUAAAUAAAUCAAGAGAGGUACUGAAACAGAAGUUGCAGGCCAGCAAUUUGGAUAGUGGCAUGUCGGCUUCAGAGAAUUCAGCAGCGACGUGUGCUGUUGGCAUGGAAACCCAGACCUCUAAUGAACAGCUGCAAAUAGAGAGACUCGCUUCAGAAAAUGAACAGCUUAAAAAUGAACAGGUUCAGCUGAAGGAGGAAAUUAAGAGACAGAGAAAUACAUUUUCUUUUGCAGAGAAAAACUUUGAGGUAAAUUAUCAGGAGCUAAAUGAUGAGUACACUUGCCUUUUGAAGGUGAAAGCUGGCUUAGAGGAGAGGAUCAUAAAGGAAAGAGUCCAAUAUGAGGCUAAAAUGAAUAGCCUGCACACACAGAUUCUUCAGAGUGAGAAAGAAAAAUUGGCUGGCUCAGGUGUUUUGGCAGUAGAAACCAGUAAAGUAGGCAAAACUGUGCGGGACUGUAUUGAUGGUGGGGAAAUUGUUGAGAAAGAUACAACAGAGCUGAUGGAAAAGCUUGAGGUUGCCCAACGGGAGAAGAAAGAGUUGUCCUUGAGAUUGUCUGAGGUUUCUGAUAAAUUAAAUUUAAAGCAAAAUGAGAUUGAGCAGCUAAAAAAAGAAAUGGGGUCACUGAAAGAUGAAUACAGACAACAUGUGGGAAAGCACAAAGAACUGAAUGUAACACAGGAGACACGGGUAAAAACAUUAGAAUACCAGUCACUGGAAUAUUCAUCUGGAAUCACAGCUACUGAAAUUGUUGACACAGGGUCGUGCACACUUGAGAAUCAUUAUCACCAAAUAGCACUGUUAGAGGAGAAAGUAAUUGCACUACAAACUUCAUUGCAGAACGCAACCUUGGAGCGAAACCAGUUUCAAGAAAAGGAGAAAAGUCUGAUUCAUGAGAAGGAAUCACUGUUAGCCAGGCUUCAGGAGCUAAAGGGUAAAGCUGUUACUGAAAGCCCUGCAGUGGCCACAGUACAACCUGACAGGGACCAACUGCAGCAGCAGCUGGAUACGUUCAAGACUGAGCAGCUGGGCUUAGCAAAGCUUAUGCAGCAGAAAGCCUUGGUAGAAGAAUCCCUGCACAAGAAGCUAGAGGAAAAGGAAAAAGCAUUGAUUGCUGCAGAGAAGGAGAUGUUCAAUUUACACGAGAGACUGAAUAAACUGUACCAAAGAGACUGUGCUGAUGAGCGUUUUGUAGAAAAGCACGAAGAGAAGGUGGAAUGCAGUGGGAUAGAACAGGAUGAAAAGGAUAUUGUAGAUCACAUGAAUCGCACACAACUAAUAACAGAAAACUGGCCUGAAAUGGAGAAUAAGCAGCAACUGGCUGAAGCUGAGUUUAGGCUGCAGAUGGAAGCCCAGCGAAUUAGUCUCACUCAGAUCUAUGCUGCACAGCGCGAGUUGGUUCAGGAGAAACUACAGACUGAUAAAAAGCAGUGCCUGUCUCUGCUAAAAGAGGACCUCACUACUAGACACAGGCAGGAGGUAGACAGGCUUCAUAAAAAAUACCAGCAGGAGCUAAAGGACUUGAAAGAACAAAAAACAGAUGAGAGCGAUGAACGAAUGUCUUCACAGCAGCAGAUUCAAAAACUUAUCAAACUGGUGUCUGAAGAAUGCAAGCAACUGAUUUUGUCAUUUGGAAGUGUUUUUGGGGAGAAGGAACUAGAAGCACUUCAUUACAAAGAACCAGCAGAAGCAAAGAGAAGCAGCGACGAGUCCAUUGCUGGUACUAAAGAGCAAACUGGGGAUCCCAGUUCACUUUUACAUGAAGCAAAAGAAUUGCACACAGAGCUGCAGAAGCUGAAGGAUAAGAUUUUGCAAGAGUAUAAUAGUCUUACAGGACUUCAAACACUAUUGAAAAGUGACAGCCACAAGCUGGAGGAAUUGCAGAAAGCCUAUGAUGAAUUCAGAUGCAGCAGCCAGGAAGAGAUGACUAGUCUUCGAAUGCAGAUUGAGAGUGCCCGUGCUAGUACUGAGGAUUUACAUGAUCUCAAAGAGCAAUUGAAAGUCAGGUCAGCACGCCUCGAAGAGAUUGAAAAGCUGAAGUCCGAGUUUAAUCUGCAAAGGAAUCAAUUUGAGGACCAGCAUACACAAGAGAUUGAACGUCUCCGGAUGUAUUACCAGCAACAGAUCAAGGAAACGGAGGAGAGAUACACAACAGAGAUGAUUAUACUACAACAGAGGCUUCAGGAUGUUACUGGCUCAGAAGCACAGUUUAGUGAAUCACAGUUUGCUGUGCAAAAGGAUAAUGGUCUGGAGCAACAGUGUACUGAAGAAAUAAAGCUUGAGGAUGGUUUAGAAGCAGAACUCCAAUACCCAAUAAAGUCAAUGCGACUGACUGAGCAGCUGCAGACCUUGAGGAGGGCCCUGUACGCCACAUACCUCCAAGAGGUCACUGCCCUGAAGGAGCAGCACAAGGCAGAACUGGACAUGCUGGCCUCCAGACUGAGGGAGCAGCACAGCCUGGAGACAGAAGCCCUGUCGCAGGGAAUCACAGAAUCUGCUAAGCAGGACCAAGAAGACAUGAAUGGAGGCUGCAGGUCUAUCAAAGAGCCUGAAUCAAGUGAAGUCACAGGAAAGGAUGCCAUGCAAACAAUUGACACAUUGGAGAAAUGGUACAAGAAAAAGAUAGAGGAAGAAAUAGCCAAGGUAAUUGUGCAGAUAUCUGUAGAAUUUGCUCAGCAGACUGAACUGGCAAGAAUUACUAAGCAAGCAAGAGAGACCACGUCUGAGAUGCAGACGGUUUCUGAAGACCCAGAGAGAGAAGCGGAGAGCAAAACAGAAGCAGCUGGACUUGUUUUUGAGUCAAAUCGGCAAGAACUGGAGAGGAAGAUUUUUGAGAAACAACUGAAAGAAAAGACUGAGGAGAUAUUUUUACUCAGAAAUCAAAUUCAUCAGACUAGCUGUACAUUGGACAAGGAGUGUCAGUUUCCUGAAAUUAACAUUGAGUUAUCUAUUGAACUUGCAACAGAGAAGGAGAUCGUGCUACAAGAAUCAAUGGUUUAUAAAGAAGGCACUUCAGCAGAGGCCCUUUCAAGCGCUGGACAUUUGGACAAGGAGCAUCAGGAAGACAUCUGUCAUGAGCUGUUUCACCUGGAUGAGGAGCAGAUUGUGGAGCCUCUGAGACACUCCCACAAGGAGCAGCAGGAGAGGCAGUCGGAAGAGCAGCACAGCUUGAGAGCACAGCUUGCUCAGAAUUCCUCAGUCAAUGAUGUCUCAGUUGGUGAAGAAAGGAUAAACAUAGAAAACCAAGAUACAAUAAACACUUCAGUUUCAGGUGGAAAAGGAAAACUCCCUCCAAAAAUGCAAAACAGCAGCACACAAACUGAACAGAAUGAAGGAGACAAUAAAGAGGUACCUCAAGAGGCAUCCCCUCACCCUGAAGCUUCAGCACAGCAUGCAGAAAAGCCAGCCUCUGAUGAUCUCACUGUUGAAAGGAAUAUCUUGAAGAAGGUUAAUGAAAGGCUCAGAAUUGUUUUAUCAGAAGUGCUGAAGACAACUGCUGCUGCUGAGGAGACGAUAGGUCGCCAUGUUGAGGGGUUGCUGGUUGCAUCAAGUAAAGGGGCACAUUAUCCACAAAGAGCUGCAUGGGAACAAGCAGCAGAGGACCCCCUAAAACCACACAUUGUCCAAGGUCACGGAGCAGGAGGAGAUGUUUCCUCCGAGUCUUGCCAAGGCAGCGAUGCCGGUGGAGGUGAUGCUAAUGUUUGGUCCAGAGAGACGGAUGAGGGGCUGGAGAUGUCGCAGAGGCUCGCUGAAGGGAUGUUCACUGGGGCCGAACUUGACCUUGAGAAUGAGGAGUUUAUGGUGAACAUCAGCACCCGGCUUCAAGCGGCAGUAGAAAAACUGUUGGAAGCCAUCACUGAAACUACAAAUCAGCUUGAACAUGCCAGAAUCACCCAGACAGAGCUCACGCGCAAGUCAUUUAGGCGCAAUGCUGAGAUCAACGAACUUGUGAAACGUCAGGAGGAGCUGCAGGAGAGGCUCAGUGAAGAGACCAAGGCCAGGGAGCUGUUGGCAUUGGAGCUCCACAAAGCUGAAGGCAUCCUCGAUGGCUACGCAGAUGAGAGAGUGGCACUGGAGGAGCAGGUCAAGCAGAAGGCAGAGAUCCAGCAGCACUUGGAGCAGGAGCUCCAACUGACAGGCAGCCAUUUGCGGGAGCUGGAGGAGGAGCAACAGAUAAUGCGUCAGGAAAGGGAGCUGCUGUCCAGGCAGCAAGAUGCCAUGAGAGACACUGCAGGAUCCAAAGAGCUGCGCCUAGUUGAAGCUGCAGUUGAUGCAGCACCUGAAGCAGACCUGCUGGAGGAGACAGAGAAGCUCAUGAAGGAGAAGGUGGAGGUGCAGCGGCAGGCAGAAAAAGAGAACAGUGAGCUCCUGAAGCAGGUAAAGAAGCUGGAAUCUGAGCUGGAGGAGGAGGUGAACAGAGUCAUAGAGAUUGAGCAGGAGAAUAAGGCUGAGAUCAUGGACUUGAGGCAGCAGAUCCAGGCUCUUGAGAAACAGCUGGAGAAGAACAGAAAAUUUCUCGAUGAGCAGGCUAUUGACAGAGAGCAUGAAAGGGAUGUAUUCCAACAGGAGAUACAGAAAUUAGAACAGCAGCUCAAGUAUCCGCAAAAAUUGCAGUCCAGCACAGAACAAAGGAACAAAGAGGUGGAAGUUCUGAUCAAUCAGCUAAAAGAUAAAACAGAUGGGUGCAGUGAGCUUGUACUAGGGAAGGAGCAGCUACAGAGAGAUGUACAGGAGCGCAAUGAAGAGAUUGAAAAGCUGGAGAAUCGGAUAAGAGAGCUGGAACAAGCACUAAUAAGCAGCUCAGACAGGUUACAAAAGGUGGAAGAAAGAAAGCAUUAUACACCAGUUGUGUUUAAAGGAGAGAUAACCCUGGAAGCUCAACUGCAGACUGAACGUGAAGCCUUGGACAGGAAGGAAAAAGAGAUCUCAAACUUGGAAGAGCAGUUGGAGCAGUUCAGAGAGGAACUUGAGAAUAAGAACGAGGAGGUCCAGCAAUUACACAUGCAAAUGGAAAUCCAAAGAAAGGAAUUAAGCACCCAGCAUCAAGAGCUCAACCACCAGAAUACAAUGUUAAAGCAUCAAGUCGAAGAUUUGCAGAAGUCUCUAAAUGACUCUGAUGAUGUUUCGAUUGAGGACCAUCGAAUUGUAAUUGGGAAGUUCUCUCAGGUCAUGCAAGAAAAAGAUAAAGAAAUUGAGCAUCUAAAUGAACAGCUUCAUAUAUGCCAACAGCAACUGGAGUUUGCAUCUGACAACAAGGUGAUAGAAGAAAAGAAUGAACAGAUGAGAGAGCUUGAAUCUCAAAUUGAAUGUCUAAAGAGUGAGCAAGAGCGCUUGAAAAGGAAAAGUGAAGAUGAAAUUGAGCAACUGAAUGAAGUAAUAGAAACACUACAGCAGGAGUUGGCAAAGAUUGAGCAUAAAACACAGGAUGAUGACCCUGAGGAGCCUUCAAGUUUAAAGCACCCUCUGGAAAUGAUGGUAGAAGAGAAGGAAGCUCCAAUGUUACAAGAGAAGAGCUGCAAAGAGGUUAGCCUGACCAAGGAAGAAUUUGAAGGCAUGAAGGUUAAAAUACAGCAGACAAACCAAGAACUGGAAACCCUAAAGGCUGAUCACCUCCGCCUAUUGCAGAAAUACAAAUGUUUACAAGAGGAGGGAUCAGUUAUCUCUGUGGAAAAAAUCUCCAACACGACAGCUGAGUUGGAGGAAGCCUUACGAGAAAAGACAACUACUGUGUUAGUCAUUCAGGCUGAAAUAAAAGCACUGGAAGAAAGUGCUAAUGUUAAGAUAACCACCCUGGAAGCUAAACAGGAAGAACUGGAAGCUUUUGUCCGAGAGAAGAACGCAGAGCUGGACUUGUGUCAUUCUCAAGAAGUGCAAGCUCAGGCCAAAACUGAACUCCUGAAGCAAAAGAUUAUUGAGCUGGAAGACGAACUCAGGGAGAAGGUCGCUGCUGCUCUAGUAAGCCAAGCACAACUUGGCGCAGUGCAGGAGCAGUCUAAAGUACAUACCAAAGAGCUUCACAGUCAAAUUAAAGAACUGCAGGGACAUUCUGUUACAGGUGUUGGGCUGAGAGAAACGGCAGAAGUGGCAGAGACAGUCGCUGAAGCCAUAGCAGUCACCCACGGUUUUACAGAACUGGAUAAUGAAAAGCAGGACAGAAAAACAGAAGAUCACCCUAAAAACAAAUUAUCUGUUUUAACACUGAAGCUCACAGAGUUAGAGAAAGAGCUAGCUGAGCUGCAGAAGGACAGAGAGCUACAAAGGCAGCUGGUCCACAGCACAGAAGAGGGUGUGGUUGAGUAUGAGAAGAAGCUAGCACAGUUAUUGGCUCGGUUGGACCAAAUGAAGAAGCCUAUUGCAGAAAAACAGGAUGUGCAAACAUCUAAGGCCAGGACAACAAAGCCAAAAAUUGACAAAACUGUUUCUGCAUCUGAAAUGGCUUUGGAACUGGAGCAGGUAAAAUCUGAAGCUGCCGCCACAAAAGAAGAAUUGAACAGCUACAGGGAACGUGCAGAAAAGCUUAAGGAUGAGUUGCAAGUAAGAGAACUAACUAUUACACAGCUCCAAGAGAAUCUUCAACAGGCAACGAAAACAAAGCCUGAAAUGGAUGAACCGACUGCUGCAUCUAAACUGGCUUCCGGUCAGAAGGAAGCCAAAUCUGAAGCUGCUGCCACGCAAGAAGAAUUGAACAGCUACGAGGAACGGGCAAGAAAGCACAAGGAUGAGUUGCAAGCAACAAAAUCAAAGCUUGAAAGUGAUGAACCCGCUGCUGUAUCUAAACUGGUUUUGGAGGUGGAGGAGGGCAAGUCUGAAGCUGCCAUUGCAAAAGAAGAAUUGAACAGCUACAGUAUGCAGGCAGAAAAGCUGAAGGAUGAGUUGCAGGCACCAAAAUCAAAGCUUGAAAGUGAUGAACCCACUGCUGUGUCUGAACUGGUUUUGGAGCUGGAGGAGGUCAAGUCUGAAGCUCCUUCAAUGAAUGAAGAAUUGAACAGCUACAAGGAACAGACAGAAAAGCUUAAGGAUUUGUUGCAAGUUAGAGAAUUGGCUAUUACACAGCUUCAAGAGGAUCUUCAACAGGCAAAAGAAUCAAAGCUUGAAAGGGAUGAACCCGCUGAUGUAUCAAAGCUGGUUUUGGAGCUGGAGGCGGUCAAGUCUGAAGCUGCUUCAAUGAAAGAAGAAUUGAACAGCUACAGGAAGUGUGCAGAAAAGCAUAAAGAUGAGUUGCAAGAAAGAGAAUUGACUAUUGCAAAUCUUCAAGACGAUCUUCAACAGGCUACAAAACACAUACCACAAAGUAAUGAACCUGCUGCUAUAUCUAAACUGGUUUUGGAGCUUGAGCAGGUUAAUUCCGAAGCUGCUGUCACAAAAGAAGAAUUGAACAGCUACAGGGAAUGUGCAGAAAAACUUAAGGAGGGCUUACAAAUGAGGGAUUUGACAAUUGCACAGCUUCAGGAAGAUCUUAAACAAGUAAAGGAAGCUUUGGCGAAAGCAGAGGAGGCGCUGGGCCAUCAUCAUCAGAAAAAAGACACCAAACUCUUUGAGGGAAAACCUGACAUUGUUUGCGAUAAAACGAAACACACUUCAACCAAAGAGAAACCUUCACUGGUGAGGAAGAACUCUGCAUCUCAAACCGAUAAGCCUGCAAACGUGGACAGGAGCUUCCAGACCCCAAAUGUUUUGUGUAAAGAUGCUGAAAUCCAAAUUGAUCUCAUUAAACAGAAUAGCAGCUCUUCAGAGCAGCUGACAGAAGUAAUCAGACAGUACAAAGAGAAGAUUGGGCAGAUGCAGGAACUUCAUGCUGCUGAAAUAAUGGACAUGGAGACACGACACAUUUGUGAGAGUGACACACUGAAGAGUGAUUCUCAGAUUCUGAGGGAGCAGUGCAAAGCCUUAAAUGCGUUUUUAGAGAAGAUGAGAGCUACCGGGGGAAUCCCUGCUUCCGUUUUGGAACAGCCUGGUUCUUCCCAGUUUAGAGAUGGAUACACUAGUGACAGCAGUUCAGACUGGAGUCAGAGAAUGUAUUAUGACAUUUCCACUCAAAACCAGGAGUACAGAAUCACUCCAGAGGAAGCCAGGAGAGACAAUGAAAUGCCUCAGACUUCAUCAGAGGUACUACCUGACAAAAUAAAGUACUUGUUGCGAGAAGUACUUCAGGAAGGAAUUCAGGUGCUCUCCCUGUCCGAGGUCCCUUGCAUUGAAGGGAAGAUGGGAACAUCAGAGCAGUAUUCUGAAUGCUGGCAGAAGGAGAAGCAGGCACUCCUGGCUACGGUUGAGUCACUCAGGGUUUUGAUUACCAAGAUGCAAGUUCACAGAGAUACUGAGAUAUCUUUGAAUUUUGCAUCAGCUGAAGGUGUUGCAGACUGGCGUGGAGAACUCCUCCAAGCUAUCCAGCAAGUCUUUUUGAAGGAGCGCAGUGUUCUUAAGAGUGCACUUGAAACGCAUAUGGCAUCACUGGAGACUAGUGACAUAUUUGUACAUCUGAACCAGCUGGAAAACCGGCUGCGUGAACAGGAUGCUCGGAACAGGGAUGCCAUGGAGAUCCUUCAGGAUGCUGACAGGAAUAGUCUGCUGAUGGAGAUUGGGCAGCUGCAAGCACAGCUGCAAAGGGCUCAGCAAGGUGAUAGCAGGGGUGACAGGGCUUCAGCACAGCUGGCACUGCAGACAAGCUCAGAUGGACAUCAGGACUAUACAUUGCAAGACAAUCAGGCUAGUGUUGUAGAACUGGAGGUGAAUCGUGUGAAGGAAAGUGGAAAUGAGCUGAAGGAUCGUUUCCACUCUGAGAAGAUGGUGAUAGCUGAACUUAAGAAUGAGCUUGCGCAAACAAAACUGGAACUCGAGACAACCCUUAAAGCACAACACAAACAUUUGAAAGAGCUGGAAGCUCUCAGGACUGAAGUUUCGGAAAAGACUGCUGAAAUGGACAUGUUAAAUGAUGCUCUGGCAAAUGAGCAAAAGAAAUCCAGAGAGCUUCAAUGGGCAUUUGAAAACGAGAAGUGUAAAUCAGAACGAAAACAAGAGAGAGAAAAGGAAGAAUUUGAGGACUUGAAGUUCACACUUGAGGACCAGAAACGUAAAAACUGCCAGAUUUCAACCCUCCUGGAGCAGGAGCGACAGGCAGCAGCCAAUCUGAAGCAGCAGACAGAGACAGAAAAGACCCUUCACCAAGCCCAGCUCUCCCACGAGCUGAGCCGCAUAUCGGAGCUGCAGGUGCUGCUGGAUUCAGAAAAGGCCAGAGCACUGGAGCUGAACAGCGCCCUGGAACAGGAGAAAGAGCUGCGUAGCCAGCUGAAUCUGAGUCCACAGCGGCGACUGGAGGCAGGAGACUCGACAGCCGAUGCUGGGUGUAGUCAGAUGGAGGAUGGUGUCCGGACCAUGAAAGAGCUGCUUGGUGACCUCCAAGGCCAGCUGGAUGAGAAGCACACCCGUAUCGUGCAGCUGCUGGAGGACAUGGAGAGACACAAGCUGGAGGUGGUGCAGGUGAGGCAGCAGCUAGAUGAGGAGAGGCAGCUCCACCGCAAGGCCCUGCAGAAGGAGCAGGAGGCCUACAGGCUGGUGCAGGACAAACUGGAGCAGCUGCAGCUGAAGGAUGAAGAUCUCCAGAGGCUGCUGGACAGGGAGAGGCAGCUUGUCGUCAGACUUCAACAGGAGAGGGAGCGGCUCCAGGAGAGUGUCAGUGAGCUGCAGGACCAGGAGAACCAGAGAGAGAACGCUGAUCAGCCUGAUCCUCAAACGAGUCUCUGUAGAGCAGAUAUACCUGUCGACAGAACGAGAGAUUGGGUGUUGCAGCAGAAGAUUUCUGAUGUCCUGACAGUAGGCUCCAGCGGUCACUCUCUAAAUGAAGCCAAUGGAGGAAUAGCUGCACCAGCAGACAUAAAGCAUCUUGACGGCAUCAUCCAGAGACUUCAGUUAAUUGCUUCUAAGCUGAAAACGCUGGCAAGCAAAGCAUCCAGCAGGAUCCCGUUCGAAGCAGCAGAUGAUGAAAAUCUUAUUUGGUUACAGAACAGCAUUCAGGACAUUGUGUCUCAGCUUCAGCAGCUACCAGCAAUCCGUCCUAAAGUAGAGCAGAGUGUGCUGCUACCCACAGGCAGUAGUUCUUCCAGCUCCCUGACAGAGCGGUUGCUAAGGCAGAACGCAGAGCUCACAGGGUUUGUGAGCCGCCUCACCGAGGAGAAGAACGACCUGCGCAACUCUCUGAUCAAACUGGAGGAGGAGGUCCGGCGCUUCCGCCAACGAGGCCUUGGGGGACUUCAUUAUUCCAACAGGAAGCCCCUGGAUAACCAGGAUACCAUUGAUGUUCUCACAUCUGAUCAAGAGACCUGGAGUAGGGAAAAAGACAACCUUGAAAAAUCACUCCACCAGGCGGAAACAGAAGUGAACAAACUAAGGGCAGAGCUCAGAAGCGAUGCGUUGUACAGAGAUAUGACAGGGUCUGAUGUGGACAAUGUAACAUUAAAGAGGAUCUAUGGCAAAUACCUGCGAGCAGAAAGUUUCCGCAAGGCUCUUAUUUACCAGAAGAAGUACCUGCUGCUGUUACUGGGAGGCUUUCAGGAAUGUGAAGAGGCUACCCUCUCCCUUAUUGCUAAAAUGGGUGGACGGCCGUCUCACAACCUUGAGAUAAUAACACAUCGCUGCAGAGGUUUUACCAGGUUCAGAUCCGCUGUCAGAGUUACUAUAGCCAUUUCCAGAAUGAAGUUUCUGGUCAGAAGGUGGCAGAGAGCUGCAGGUUCAGGGUCAAGCCCAUCAUCCAGUAUUAACAGAAAUGGAUUUGGGCAGAUAACAGGUAAUGAGGCAAGAACAGGCUCCCCGUUCCAUCCUGGGGGUGUUGAGGCAUAUAGAGACCGCAGAACCUCCAGCAGAGCGAGAUCAGGACUGGAAUCCCCAAGGUCAGCUCUCUCACUGCAGCAGAAGUAUCAGCCAGCUGAGUCAAGUGCAGGUUCACUCGCUUGUUCUCACCUCCAGAAUUACGAUCCUGACAGAGCACUUACAGAUUAUAUACACAGACUGGAUGCACUGCAAAGGAGACUUGGGAGCGUACAGUCAGGCUCCACUUCAAGGAGAUAAAGCCCUGUGGUUAUACACACAAAUUGACUUGAAACUGAAUUGCCUUUUCUAAAGAUGAGCUGCUGUGUUUUUGUAUCACUAUUUUGUUUAUAUUUGUGGGACCAAAAUAAACUUGAGUGUAAUACUGUACCUGGUUUUCUUGCCAGUAUAUAAGAGGAAAUAGCUUUUAUGUAUAUUAGUCUGCUUUUUUGUUGUGCAUAAUACAAUCAGAGAUGGUUUAAAUGUAUAUUUGUGGAAUGCUAAUUUAAACUGAUUUAUUUAUAAUGUUGUAUGGGUGGAAGAAAAAGUAGGGAAUGUUGCCUGAAGUGCACAUCUGUGAGAAGGCUGCAAAGUUUUUACUAUGCUGUCCUUUAUUAAUUACUGGCAUUGUGGACAGAGGAAACAGCUUGUAGAGACAGACAUAUUUUUGUAACGGUAGAAAGCUUUGAAUUUUAUGGGUAUUUUGUCAAAGUUUAAAAAUAAAGACUAUUCUAACAUUUGAAAACA